GAAAGCAAGGGAACGGAGUUGUGAAGAGAGCCUCGCACGGUCACGCCCGCCCAUGUACCCGCCCAGCGGUAGCUCAGAAAACUGAGCCAGGAGUUGGGCAGCCGCGGCUGGUGGCGUUCCGAGGCAGGCGAGAGAGAGAGCGGGCGGGCGGGCUACAAACAGAAAGCCAGUGGCUCGCGUUGGAAAGUGCCAAACCGCCGGAGGUUCCGAUUGGUGUCUCCGAGAAGAGUGCAGACAGGGAAGAGAAUCAGCGGCAAAAAGGUAAACUCGGAGCUGGGCAGCGAGGAGGAGAGAGCCGCGAGAGGUGGCUCUCCAGCCUGCCUCCGCUUCACCAACGGGCGCUAGCCCCAAAGUCGGACUUGACUCCCCUGAAGGUCAGCGCGAGGUGCGGCCCGGGAACCGCGGCUCUUAGGCAACCGGACCUCCCUCUCCGGGCUUGGGGAGGCAGGAGAGGAGCCCGACGACGCAUCCUUGAUGGUGGGCGCAGGUAGAAAACGAAGCGCGGCGCAACGGGAGCGCCAGGGAGGGGAGUGACGCUCUCCUGCUGCCUCCGGGAGCGCCUUCUGGGGCUCUCCUGCCUGCCCGUUGACUCGUCUCGCCACACGCGUGCCCGGGGCGCUCACCUAUGCUAAGGACCUGCCUUUGUAUGUGUAGGUUUGUUAUGGUUGCAGGAGCCCUUCGCUCCGUCCCGCCCGCCCGCCUGGUGGCAUCCCUUCAGCCAUCACAGUCCCGCCUCUCCUGCCCUCCAGGCUGCCGGACAAGUUUGUGGAAGCCGCUGCCCCUUUGGCGCCUCGGCCGGCUUCCUUCUCUCACGCCUCACACCCCCGCCUCCAGCUCUCGCCUUGCUUCAGACUGACGAGAAGGGAAGGUCCCGUGCGGGAUUUCCAAGAGACCCAGGAAUAGCCGACUGUUCGCGGAGUGCCCAGAGCGGCGUAGGCGCCACCGAAUGACUCCGCCUUGGGGCACCUCCUCCUCCUAGGAAACCGGCCUGGAUUCCGUUAGGCUUGUCAGAAAGAGUGGAUUCUUUCUCGCCGGCGCUGGCUGUGCUUGCUGCCCGUUACCAACGACGGGCGUGCUCCGGGCAAUUAGCGUGGGACCUCAACCGGACUGAGUCAUCUCUCUGGGACGCAAGAUCCUUCUCUCCCCCCGCUCCUUUCUCGUUCCCAGCAACUGCGGGACUUUGUUCCUAGCACACCUCACUAGUUGGCUCCUGCUUGUUCUUCAGGGCUAGCCGGCUCCAUAUCCUGUACAACCGGGGGGUGACGCUGACUGGGCACCCACCUUAAGGGGGCGCCGCAGACGCGGAUUGCUAGGGGACCCCUGACACACGGCGCCAACCUUGCGCGCGCAGCUGAAGGUUCGCUUGGCUAUCCUCGCCCCACACGACCACAGGCGCGCUUGUGACACCCACACGUGUAUAGAUUAAAAAAACCACCUAAAGUUGCACACCCACCCACAGUGGGCGCUGUGUCUCGUUUCUUCCUCGACCCAGGCAGAAAGGAGAGGGGCGCCUGCCCGUCCGCGUCACUCUCCGAGGCCCGACUGUGGGCGCCCGGCGCUGCCGCCCCCUCGCGGUGCCAUGUGGAGGGGGCGCUGUUCCCUGCGUCGGGUGGCGCUGAGAGGGCCGCCUUUGCUGUCGCUGCUGCUGCUGGCGCUCGGGCUGCUGGCGAGCGCGCGGGCUAGCGGCGAGUAUUGCCACGGCUGGCAGGACGGGGCGACUUGGCGGGACGGCUUCCAGUGCCCGGAGCACUUCGACGACGGCGACGCCACCAUUUGCUGCGGCACUUGCGCCCUUCGCUACUGCUGUUCCCGCCCGGAGGCCCGUUUGGACCAGGGUGUCUGCGACAACGACAGGCAGCAGGGGGGAGCUGAGCAGGGCCGGCCGGACAAGGACAUUCCCGACGGCGCAGCAGUGCCUAUCUACGUGCCGUUCCUUAUCGUUGGGUCUGUUUUUGUUGCAUUCAUCAUCUUGGGAUCUCUAGUAGCAGCUUGUUGCUGCCGGUGCCUGCGCCCCAAGCAAGAGCCUCAACAGAGCCGAGCUCCUGGAGCUAACAGGAUAAUGGAGACUAUUCCCAUGAUUCCAAGUGCCAGCACCUCCCGAGGAUCUUCCUCGCGUCAAUCAAGCACCGCUGCCAGCUCCAGCUCCAGUGCCAACUCAGGUGCCAGGCCCCCCCCUCCCAGGUCACAAACCAACUGCUGUUUACCAGAAGGGACCAUGAAUAAUGUAUAUGUCAACAUGCCUACCAAUUUCUCCGUACUGAACUGCCAGCAGGCUACGCAGAUAGUGCCUCACCAAGGCCAGUAUUUGCAUCCACAGUAUGUGGGAUAUGCUGUGCAGCAUGACUCUAUGCCCAUGGCGCCUGUACCACCUUUCCUGGAUGGGCUGCAGAGUGGAUACAGGCCUAUUCAGUCUCCGUAUCCCCACAGUAACAGUGAACAGAAGAUGUACCCAGCAGUGACUGUGUAGCUCAAAGAAGGAAAACAGCAACGGCCAAGAAAAAAUAAAAAUACUGCUGCAACAGAUUGUAAGCAGAGGAGAAAGAAGUUUGCUGAACAUAAUUUGUAAAUAAUUUCAGAAGGCUCAUGCAUGUCAGACAGUAUUUAUAAACUGUUUUCUUUUCAUUGGGUUCAGUUGCCAAAAAACUGUUUGAAGAUACAUUGAAUUAACAUUUCCAGAUAAUGCUUCCAUUCCAGAGCAUGAUUUACAGAGGAAAGGGAUUAUGCCGAAGUGGCAUCUACAUUUCAGUUCGACAAGGGUGUGUGAGAGCGAUUAAAUGCUGAGCCAUAAAGUGCCCUUCAGGUGCUAUAAAGUCAACAGUAUUUGCUUAGUUAAUAGAAAACAUUUUGUUAUGUGGUUCAAGAUAAUUGUUUCAGAAGUGUCUUUUGCCCAGAAUCUAAAGACACUUCUUAUUGCUGUUCUGACAAUCACACUAAUGAUAGAAGGCUGAACAGUGCAAUCCUGGUAAAUUACAUAAUCCUAGAAGUUUGAUUUGAAAUUACAGGGAAGGGACCACAGCUCAGCGGUUGAGCAUGCACUUAUGCGUGCAGAAGGUCCCAUGUUCAAAUCGUUGCAUAGCCAGUGUUUUUUUUAAAGCAGGGAUGGGGAACCUGUGGUCCUCCAGAUGUUGUUGGACUCCCAUCUGCCCUAGCCAGCGGCAUGGCCAAUGGUCAGGGAUUAUGGGAGUUGCAGCCCAACACCAUUUGGAGGCCCACAGGUUCCCCAUCCCUUUUUUGAAGGAUCAAGUAGCAGGUGAGGAAAGAACCUCUGCCUGAGAACUAGUCAGGGCAGACAAUGCUGGGUUGGGUGAACAAACAGCUUGACCUGAUAUAAGGCAGCUUCCUAUGUUCCUGUUCCCUUUCCAGUGAAAAGUCAUUUCCUUUCAAAGAAGUAUGCAAAACGUUUGUGUUCCUAUGGAGCUUAACUUAUCCGACGUUUGAUUUUGGCAGGGACAUGCUUAGUGGGAUUUUUAACUCUCCCCAUCCUUUUUGCUGUAUUGCAAACUGCUUUUGAAAGCCCCCUUAGUAUUGUGAAGCAGUUAGCCCUGUGGUAUUGGUACGGUGGCUGUUUGACAAGCACUAGCCCAAAGGCCCCUCAGGUGCCUGGAAGUAGCAGUGCACUCCUUUGGAUCCUGACAGUGCUCAGGAGUCCUAUAUUUUGCAGAAGUGUUGUUUUAUUGUAGCAAUUUUCAAAGCAGAAAUGAUUAUGAAGAUUUUAUUCCAACUGAAGUAUCCAUAGAAGCCUCAAUACCUGUUUUGUUGUUUGGUGCAUGUUGUAUUUAGCUGCAUUUAUUUGCAAAUACUACUGCCAUCCUCAAAUACCUUGGAAUUUGAGCAUCAGUGGCUUGAGAUUUGUGGAUUGCAGCCAAGACAUCUUCCAGUAUGAUUCCUUAACCCCACAUCCAGUUAAAUGAAAUCCAAAAGUCAUAGACAGGCCCAGAUAGUUUGGACUUCAUGGAAAUGGAAUUUGUAUAUAAGACAAAUAAAAAUGCUCAGUCCAAAUAAAUGACCAUGGAAAGACUUACAGAGCUAGAAAAGGAAAAUUGUAAAAGUAAAAGCAUUAGAAGUAAACAGUAAUGCCACCAAAAUGCUUGUUGUCGGAGCAUGACAUGUUAAUAGAUUUCCAUUCUGCAAAAAUCACUUUGUUAAACUAUUUCCGCAUGACAUAAAGGUCUUUGGGAUGUUGGGACUCCAUGGAUGUAUUGCACUGACCUCAGUUGAUUUAAUCUAUUGGCAGCUAAAUUUUUGGGAAUCAUUAGAAGGUCUGUUGUGAUUGUUACUGUAUUUCAUGGUUCAAAAAUCCAGUACCCUAGGAUUUGGUUUCUCAUUAAAAGUAUUGUUGUGUAGCAAUAUACUUCAAUAUGUUUCUGUUUACUGAAGUUUGACACUUAGAUACUGACACCGUGCCAAAGUUUUGUCCCUAUCCUACCCCAUGUUCCAUGCACAAGUAAUAAAUGCAAAACAAAAACUCUUGACCAAUGAAACAGAAAUGCAUGUGCCCAUUAGUACCACUACUCUGAUCCAGAAAAUUUACUGGAAUACACUCCAUGCAGCUCUCAUGUGUGCAUAAGUACUUUGCAUCCAUAAGAAUUAAUUGGUUCAGGACACCUGUCUGUUUCUGUUGGUUGUUAUCCUCAAAGUGAUACAGUGUCUAGAUCAGAGGCUCUCAAGCUGUAGUCGGUGGUUUGCAAGCUCCGUUCAGGUGGUUCCAUGUAAAGGUUGCAAGGCUGUUGAGAAUAUUUAUAUGUGGUCAUGCACUGCCCCCCCCAAUGAUGAAGAUUGAGUCCUUUUUGACCAGGACCACACUAGCCCAGGGUCUGUGAUUUUCAUAAUAUGGGCUGGUGCAGUUAACUCAUUUUCCCCUAAAUAUUUACCAGUUAAAAAGUAUCUUAACAGCCUAGCCUGGAGACUGUGAUUUUUAUAAAACUGCUGUUUUUAACUAUGAUGCCAGUCUUUUUUUAAAAAAAGUUAUUAAAUAGGACUUAUGUGUGUUCUUCAAUUUUUAGUUCAUUAAGUGAUCUGCCAAGACCCGUGGCAAUUUUCAAGGGGUAGCCAGUGUGGUGUAGUGGUUAGAUUGUUGGACUACGACCUGGGAGACCAGGGUUCGAAUUCACUCAGUGACUGCCCAUCAGCCUCAGAGGAAGACAGUGGUAAACCACCUCUGAAUACCGCUUACCAUGAAAACCGUAUUCAUAGGGUCGCCAUAAGUCAGGAUCGACUUGAAGGCCAUUCAUUUCCAUUUUUCCAUUUUCACUGAGGUGGUGGUUUGAGAACCGCUAGUCUAGAUCACUUGAACUAAAGGUCUCUGCAAUUACCUUACUCAGCUUGCCAUGUUUGAUUAGUCAAGUGCUGCUGGGAAUUUUUUGCAGAACAGUGGAUGCUCUCAAUAUGCUGUUAACUUGAAAAGAAACUGAAGAUUCUGAGCAGCUUCCUGGAUUGGGCCCACUGUUUCACUUCUAGGAGAUGGGCUGAUGUUAGCUUUUUCCAGUUGUGAAAAAUUGGAUUGCAAUCCUAUAAGUUACCUGGGAGUCAGUCCUACUGAACUCAGUAAGACUUACUUCUGAGUAGAAAUGCACAGGAUGACACCCUUCUCUGUUCCCCAGAAUUCACUUGAUUCAUUGCACAUGCUCUAUUACUUAUAUGAAAAUCAGGUGAAUCUGUUUGUUUACUUAUUUUAAAACAUGAAUAAGUUAAAUUGAAAAUAUGUAGAAAUUAAUUUACAAUGAACAGGGGAAAUGUUUUGAGUUGUAAUAAAAAAGUUUGUGACGUGGUGUUUAUAUGUCAUGUAUAAUAAUGUAAAACCAAUGUUAAUGUUUGGUAUAAUUUUUUAAAAUUUCU